AUGGCUCCAAUUGAAUACGAUGCUAUUGUUGUCGGCGGCGGCUUCGGCGGCGUCUACACUACCUACCAGCUUAGAGAACUAGGCUACAAUGUCCAUUCCUUUGAAAAGGGUUCCUUCAUCGGUGGCAUUUGGUACUGGAACAAGUACCCCGGUGCUCGUGUCGAUUCUGAUGUUCCUGUCUACCAACUUUGGCUUGAACAAAUCUAUAAGGACUGGGACUUCAAGGAGCGUUUCCCUGGCUGGAAAGAGCUCAACGAAUAUUUUGCCCAUGUCGACGAAAAGAUUCAAAUCUCCAAAAACUACUCUUUCAACACAUUUGUCAGUGCCUGCCACUUUGACGAAAAGUCUGGCAAGUGGACCGUCACCACUAACGGUGAAGAUGCUGGUACCUUCAUUGCUAAACACUUGGUUGUUUGCACAGGCUUUGCCGCCAAAAAGUACAUUCCUGAUUUCAAUGGUCUUGACAAGUACAAGGGUAUCAUGUACCACACUUGCGAAUGGCCCGGUGACGAUGUUGACUUCAAGAACAAGAAGGUUGCUGUCGUUGGUACCGGUGCUUCUGGUGUCCAGGUCAUCCAGGAAGUUGGCCCUAUUGUCGAAGAUUUGACUGUCUACCAACGUACCCCCAAUAUUGCUAUCCCCAUGCACCAGCGUGCAGUCACCCACGAAGAACAAGAAGCUCGCCGUGCUAACUAUGACAAGGUCUUUGCUCAUACUCUUACUGACUCUUGCGCUGCCGGCUUUGAGUUUGGUUUUGACCCCCGUAGCGCCUUGGAGGUUACUGAUGAAGAACGUGAAGCCCACUUUGAAAAGUGCUGGGCCACCGGUGGCUUCCACUUUUGGGUUGCUACUUUCCAUGAUGUUUGGAGCAACCUGGAGGCUGAUAAGUACCAGUACGAGUUCUGGCGUCGUAAGACCCUUGAGCGUCUUACUCGUCCUGAGUUAUUUGAAAAGCUUGCACCUGCUGUGGCCCUCAACCCCUUCUGCUCAAAGAGACCUUGUCUUGAACAGACCUACUACGAGGUCUACAACCAGCCCAAUGUCGACAUUGUUGACCUCCGCCAGGAACCCAUUCUUGAGUUCACCGAAAAGGGAAUCAAGACUGCCAACGGUGAGAAGGAAUUUGACAUCAUUGUUCUUGCCACUGGUUUCGAUGCUGUUACUGGUGGUUUGACUCAAAUGGAUAUUCGUGGUAUCCAUGGCGAAACCCUUGCCGACAAGUGGGAGACUGGUGGUCUUCGCACCUACCUUGGUGUUGCUGUCAAUGACUUCCCCAACAUGUACUUUAUGUACGGACCUCAGGGCCCUACUGCAUUCUCUAACGGACCUACCUGCGCUCAGAUCCAAAGUAACUGGAUUGUCAAGCUUAUUCAGUACACUGACAAGCACAAUCUUAAGUAUGUUCAGCCUACUGAAGAGGCCGAAGAGGAGUGGGCUCAGCACGUUCUUGAAGCCAGUAAUAAGACUCUCGUUGGCAUGGCCAAGACUUCUUGGUACAACGGUACCAACAUUCCUGGCAAGAAGAUUACAGGUCCUUUGAACUACCUCGGUGGUGUUCCUACAUAUUACCGUGAGAUCACUGCGGAAGAAAACACCCAGUAUGAAAACUUUAACAAAGUUGCUGCUUAG